AUGGGUUUGCUAACCGAAGGUCAUCCUAUUAGUUGGGAAGAAACAAAAAAACUUUCUAAACACGUGAGAAAACAUGGAAUAAUUCAGUUUAUAAAUUUGUAUAAAAAAUUGAGAGAUCGAGAGGGUGAUGUACUUAAGUGGGGUGAUGAGGUCGAAUAUAUGCUGGUGAAGCUAAACCAUGAAAAGAAAACGGCUAAAUUGAGCCUGAGGUCGUAUGAGCUCAUGCUAAAACUCAAUGAAAAGGAACAGGCUGAUCCUAGCGCGGUAAAAUGCUUGUGGAGACCGGAAUUCGGAGCUUAUAUGAUUGAAGGGACUCCAGGACAGCCGUAUGGAGGCUUAAUGGCUCAUUUUAAUAUUGUUGAGGCUAAUAUGAAACACCGAAGACUGGAAGCUGAGGAACAAUUAAAGUCUGAAGAAAUAUUAAUGACUUUUACUAAUUUUUUGAGACUAGGCAGUCCUGAUUCAACAGAACCACCAGCAAACCCAACACCAGACACUGGAUAUCAAAGAAGUUUAUUUCUUUCCGAUGAAGCUGUAUUUCCAGGUCAUCCCCGUUUCAAGACACUUGCUACAAAUAUCAGACAACGUCGGGGUGAAAAAGUAAUCAUACAUGUUCCCAUUUACAAAGAUGAAAACACUCCAAAGCCCUUCCGCGAAGAUUUAUCAGCUUUAGGCGAUGACGGAAGCAGCGCAAAAGUCGCUAAAGAUGACCACAUCUACAUGGACGCUAUGGGAUUUGGAAUGGGCUGCUGCUGCUUGCAGGUGACCUUCCAAGCAAGCAACAUCCGGGAAGCUAGGACUUUGUACGACCAGUUGACGCCUUUGUGUCCUAUAAUGUUGGCUCUGACUGCUGCCAGUCCGGUCUACCGAGGGUACCUGGCAGACAUCGACAGCCGGUGGUUUGUUGUCUCCAACUCCGUGGAUUGUCGGACCAGAGGUGAGCGCGGGCUUGAACCACUCAAAGGCGAAGAGUUUAUCAUCAAGACCUCGCGAUACGGUUCGGUCGAGUCCUACCUCAGCGAGCAGGGAGACAAAUACAAUGAUACCAAGUUGCUCUAUGAUAAAGAGGUCUACAACCAGCUGAUUGAUAAUGGAAUUGAUCAUCUUUUGGCUCAGCACGUUGCUCAUUUAUUUAUUCGGGAUUGUAACUUACAAUCAACAAAUUGGCGUUCAAUGCGUUUCAAGCCUCCACCACCAAACUCCUCAAUCGGAUGGCGAGUAGAAUUCCGACCUUGCGACGUCCAAAUGACUGAUUUUGAGAAUGCAGCGGUAGUGUGUUUCAUCGUGCUGCUAUCACGAGUAAUUCUCAGCUACAAUCUCAAUUUACUGAUACCCAUAAGCAAAGUAAUCGAGAACAUGUCACGAGGAGAGAAGCGAGACGCAGUAAACAAAGAAAAAUUCUGGUUCCGGAAAGAUAUCACUUCGACGGGCGAGAAAGAUAACGCCUUAGAGGCUGAUCAGUACGGGGAGUUUACUGUUAAUGAAAUAAUAAACGGCAAGGACGGCGUGUUUGUCGGGUUGAUUCCGCUUAUCAAUAGCUACUUGAACAACAUGAACGUCGACGCAGACACUCACUGCACUAUCCAGCGCUAUCUCAAGCUGAUUAGGAAACGCGCCUCUGGUGAGCUGAUGACUACCGCAGCCUGGAUUAGGAAGGAGGUCAUCAAUCAUCCAGAGUACAAAAAAGACUCGGUGGUCAACGAGACUAUGACUUACGAUAUUAUCAAGAGUGCUUACGAGAUCCAGAAGGGAGUCAGAUCUUGCCCGGAGUUGCUGGGCUUCUGCACUACUUCGAAAACUACCGAAACUAUUCCAGCGGCUAUUGCCAUCGCUGAGAAAUGUCACUUGGUCAAUUAA